UUUUGAAGCACGCGGCUCACGUCAAACUAUUACUGCUAGCUAGCUGCUGAGUGAAACUGCUGGCUAGUUGCGUGUUGUAAAACUAAAAGAUUCUCCACAAAAUUACUCAUAAUGUCGGAAUCUCUGCAUCGCUGGUGUGUGCAGGAGUUACACAGCCAGUUUGGCCUGGAAGCGAGUGAUGACAUUGUUCAGUACAUCCUGUCCAUCAGUGAUGAGGAUGAGUUUGUGGAGUAUGUCGGUGAUCUUCUGCAGGGAACAGAAGGGAGGAAGAAGGAGUUUGUUGACGAGCUGCUGGAGAGAUGGCGACGCUGUCAGAAACAGCAGGACAGAGACACGGACCUGAUCCUCACGAGAACAGAGGGUCCAGACACAACAAAAGACACUCAGAAGAAAAAACGGAAAGGACGGAACAAACAAGAGGUGGUCUCGAUCAGUCCGGCUGAACCCGAGCCGGAGAUUGUAAAAACUCCCAUCGACCUGAUGAAGGCACAAGAGAACAGCAGCAGCUCUUCCUCCACUAAGAAGAAGAACAAAUUUGUGAAUUUAUACGCCAAAGAGGGUCAGGAUAGACUCACUGUCCUGCUGCCUGGACGUCAUUCCUGCGACUGCUUAGCUCAGAAACACAAACUGAUUAACAACUGCCUGACCUGUGGCCGGAUCGUGUGUGAACAGGAGGGCUCUGGCCCGUGUUUCUUCUGCGGCAGUCUGGUGUGUACUUCAGAAGAGCAAGAGAUUUUGCAGCGGGACUCGAACAAAAGUCAGAGACUCCGUAAGAAACUCAUGGGAGAUCACAUCGUAUCUGAGGGAGAUCAAGACUUCCUUCCCCACCAGGAGGCCAGGAUGAAGGCAGGCUUGGAGAAAGCCAUUCAGCACAAAGAUAAACUGCUGGAGUUUGACAAGAACAGCGUUCGCCGGACUCAGGUGUUGGACGACGAGUCCGAUUAUUUCGCCGCCGACUCCAACCAGUGGCUGUCCCCGGUGGAGCGCGAGACACUACGCAAGCGGGCGGAGGAGCUCCGGGAGCUUCGGCACGCCUCCCACAAAGACCGUAAGAUCACGCUCGACUUCGCCGGUAGACGAGUUCUGGAGGAAGGAGAAAACCUGACGCAGUAUUACAACAAGUACGAUGAGACCGUCAAGGCCAUCAACACCGGGACCCUCAUCCAAACCCCGAAGAGCUCGGCUCCAGCUGGCCGUCAACACCUCAGGGAGCUCGUCAACCCAAAUAUUCAGCAGGCUGCACCUCAGUGGGUGGAUGUAGGCGGUGGCAGUUCCUCUCGCAGAGCUACAUCGGCAGACGUUGAGCAGAAAGCAGAGCGCUCUCGACUGAGGAUUCAGGACCGGGAGUUGCAGGAAAUGGCGGAUGGAGGCUGGUGUCUCAGCAUGCACCAGCCCUGGGCCUCACUUCUUACCUGCGGCAUAAAGAGAGUGGAGGGCAGGACGUGGUACACCUCACACAGAGGCCGUCUGUGGAUCGCCGCUGCAGCCAAAAAGCCCACGCCUCAGGAGAUUGCACAGGUGGAGGCCAUGUAUCGGCAGAUCUGCAAACAAGAUCUGCACUUUCCUAAAGACUAUCCUACAGGCUGCCUGCUCGGCUGUGUCAACAUGACAGACUGCCUUUCCCAGGAGCAGUUCAGGGAGCAGUAUCCUCACAUCGGCGACGAGUCCGCCUCUCCAUUCGUCUUCAUUUGCACCAACCCCCAGGAGCUGCUGGUGAAAUUCCCCAUGAAAGGGAAACACAAGAUCUGGAAGCUGGAGAGUCAGAUUCACCAAAGUGCCAAGAGGGGGUUAAUGCAGCCAGCCUGACCUCCACAAAGCCACGCCGGGCCACGAGGACCCGAACUUCCAGCCAAUAGAAGAGUGGAGCUGGCCGUGUCACACUACAGUGCCAUUCAUCAUGGGACACUGUUUCCAACGGGACAAAGCGACACUCUGCGUUUUCUCUUGAAACUUUGGCUUGACUUAUUUCAAAAAAAAAAAAGUCAAUUAAAAUGAAGUGAAAUCA